CUCCACCUCAGACUCCACUUUGAAUGGAUACCCGGCCAUCAUGACAUACCGGGAAAUGAAAAGGCUGAUCACCUUGCCAAAGCGGCCACCAAACCCAACCCCCGCAACACAAACCCCCCUAUGCCCACUUCUCUAUUGAUGGCCAAACAAUACCUUAAAGCCCAAGGAACCGCCUCCAAACUACGCCGCGGAUCCAUCAGCAUCCUCUUCCAACUAAGAACGGGACAUAUAGGACUUCUGGCCUACCUGGCUGCAUCGCCCAACUGUAGCCUAUGCGAGGUCCCGGAAACAGUUGAGCAUUUCCUCUUCGAAUGCCGUCGAUAUUGCCGCGAGCGCAGAGCA